AUGAGCGCGCUCGUCUGCUUGGCGCCCAGCACGCCGGCGAUGACGGCGGUGGCCGCGAUGGGGCCCUUGGGUCCCAGCAACUGGCUCGCGUCGUCGCUCUUGCCGCCGCCCUGCUGGAGGCGCUGCAGCUCCGUCAGCACGGCCGGCGGCAGGCGGAUCGUCGAGCGCGCAGUGGCCGAGCGCCGCGUGACCUGCUUGCGCCCCACAUCCACCAUGCGCGGGGCGCCGCCGUCGCUGCUCACCCAGGAGGCCCAAGCUCAAGCAGGCUCAGUGCCGAAGCCCUCGCCUUCGCCUUCGCCGUCGCCCGCCCCCAGUCCGCCGCUCUCCCGACCGAUGGCGAUGGCGCAGCUCGCUUCGUCCACGCCCAGCGCCAGCGCCAGCUCCGGCUCCGCGUCCGCCUCCUCCAGCGCCGCCGCCAAGUCGGAGAUCCAGUCGCUGCUGGGCCAGUUCGACGCGCAGAUCAACGCCAUGAUGGACUACCCGGCCAAGGACACGAUCAACGCGCUGACGAUGCUGGCGGAGCGCACGCAGUUCGCCCCCGAGAUUGUUAGCUUCCUGGAAACCAAGAUCCACCGGGUUGCGCCCAACUGCAAGCUGCCGAUCUUCUACCUGACAGACUCGAUCCUCAAGAACGUGAGAGGCCCGUACUUGGCGCUGUUCGCCGCCAAGAUCGUGCCGCUCUACUGCAACUGUGUGCGCCAGGUGUCGGGCAAGGACCUGAAGCGCUUCAUUCAUGUGCUGAAUACAUGGGAGACCACGCGGCUGUUUGACAAGGACGCCAUCGCUCAGAUGCGCAGCGCUGCGAACCGCGCCAUGCACCAGGCGGAUCCGUCGGCUCGGUCGGCGCCUGCGAGCUUCAACCAGGAGAAGUCGGCCCAACAGGCUCGUGCUACAAGUGCCAACUCCGGCGCGAAGCUCGCGCAGCAGCAGCAAGACAUGGAGCUGCGGUCGCUGCUCACGAAGCUGCAGAACGACAUGGGCAUUCACCCGACGGAGCACAUGAGUCUUGAAGAACUACUGAAGCGGAAGCAGCGUGCUCCCUCUCCGCCGCAACAACCAGUCCAAGAAAUCACCAACGACCCUCCUCGAGCUCCGGACGCAGCAGCAGUCAUGUCGAUCCUGCAGAAGCUUAAGGGAAUGUCGAAUGGAGGCGCAGCGUCCGGGCCGUCACCCCCGCGAGCGCAGCCGCAGCAAGCCCAACAACCCCAGCAGCAACAGCAGCAAGGUGACCAGCAACAGCAAGCGCCUCGCACCGACAAUGCGUCACGCAUGUGGUUCAGCGACAAGGUUGUGGCCCACAAGGACCGUGUAGAAUCCAACGUCCAAAAGCUGUAUGCAGCAUUACCUCUAGUGUGUCGUGAGAGUGGUUUGCGCUUCCGUGAGCAGGCCCAACUGGAUGCUCACCUGGAUUUCCUCUUCCAGUACAACCGCGCGCGGAAGGAGCGCGGUAAGGGGGGCGUGUCACGGUCGUGGUACCCGGAUGAAGACCAGUGGGUGGCCGACUUCUCUGGAGACACGGCACCUCGCGAGAGCACAAGCAGCAGCUUCUUCGACAGGACACAGAAGGAGAACGAGAAGAAUGCAGGCGAGCAGGCUUCGUGGGAGAAUGCCCGAGUUCCAGUGGACGAGACAAUCACUCGAUGCCGGAUUUGUGGCGAGAAUUUCUCUAAAAGCUGGGACGAAGAAGAAGAAGACUGGAUGUACACUAACGCAGUUGCCGGCACGAUCCACAACACCGGCCCGAAUGGAAACGAGCAGCAGGAUACCAUCUUCCACAAGUACUGCUACGAUACCGUGAUGGCGAACUCGAAGCAAGUCACGCCCGCGCAUUUGAUUCCUGCCGAACGAGACGUGGCCAUGAAGGGGGCGAGCUCGGAUGAUACUAUGAACGGCAGCAGCAGCGGCGGCAUGAAGCGAUCACUUGAAGAGGAUGACAGUGAUAGUGACGGAGAUGACGACGUGAAGCGCGUGAAGACUGACUGA